AUGGCCAAAAGGGAAUAUGGUAAUAGGGAUGCCAUGUCUCAACACAAUGCCUCAAAUGGGACGGCCUAUCAGAAUCAUUAUAGUGGCCAAGACCACCAGAUCAACGCUGGCAGUGGUACCAUGAAUAUUUAUAACGGGGCGGACCUUAAUGAUAACACCCGGUCGGAAAUACUACAGGCUCUUAAAACGUCACCGUAUGCACAGCGAAAGGAUCGAAAUCCCGACCGUGUUACAGGUACAUGCGAAUGGUUCAUGAGCCACAUCGACUUUCAUAACUGGCGAGACAGCAGGUCUUCCUCUAUGCUCUGGGUAUCUGCAAAUCCUGGGUGUGGGAAGUCAGUCCUGGCUAAAUAUCUGGUGGAUGAGCUCAAAACUAUGGAUCAAAGAACGACCUGCUAUUUUUUCUUCAAGGACGACUUCGAAGAUCAGAGGAGCGCUAGAAGCGCUCUUAGCUGCAUCUUGCAUCAGCUUUUUGUGCAACGAGAGACUCUUUUUUCUGAAAAGAUCGUGAGGCAGUUCAGGUCCUACAAAGCACCUCUUGCUAAUUCGUAUUACGAACUUUGGGAGCUCUGGGACGUCUUAACCAUGGCCUCACAGGAGGGGAGUUCCGGAGAGAUAAUCUGCAUCCUCGAUGCUUUAGAUGAAUGCAAAAACCAAGAACGACAAGACCUUGCGAAACUUUUGCGAAAAUUUUAUGGUCCGAAUGGUGACAUGAGGAAGAGUAGUAAUUUAAAGUUUCUUAUAACAAGUCGCCCUUAUGACACAAUCCGACAGGGCUUGAUCGAACCUUUUAAUGUUCAGGAAUUCCCUGUAAUUCACCUGAAAGGCGAUGGCAGUGCGGAGGUAGAGAAGAUUGCCGGGGAGAUCAGUCUCUACGUUAAGGAAAGGAUCUCACAUAUUCAAGCAAAGUUUCGGCUUACAGGAAGGGAGGAGGAGGUCCUUUUGCAAGGGCUCGUCGCUACUCCCAAUAAGACAUACCUAUGGGUUUAUCUCACUCUAGACUGGAUUGAAACAGAGAUCAGCAAUAAGAUCAACGAGACCGAGAUACGCAAAAUUAUAUCUACUCUUCCGCGAACAGUUGACGAGGCAUACGACAAGAUUUUGGCCAAGAGUAUAAAUGCAGAGGAAACCAAAAAACUGCUACAUAUUGUUGUAGCGGCUGAACGGCCCUUGACACUCCCCGAGAUGGACCUAGCACUAGAAAUACGACAGCAUCACAAGUCCUACAAAGACCUCGAUCACAGGCCCAACGAUCGCGUCAGCAAGUAUAUCAGAGACCUCUGUGGCCUCUUCAUAAACAUUACAGAUGACAAGAUUUAUCUCCUUCAUCAGACCGCGAAAGAGUUUUUAGUUCCAAGAGAAAAUCUUGAUAGCCAACAGAGCAUUCCAGCACGACGAGAAGAUAGCUCUCAAGCAGAUCAGCGCCACAGACUCACUUGGAAAUUCUCACUAGCGCCACGGGAGUCCCAUCGCAUCCUUUGCAACAUUUGUAUUUGGCAUUUGCUCUUUACCGAAUUCGAGGCUCACCCGCUUACUGAGCGGGGGGAAAUAACUGAUUAUCUCGGCAAGAAUGUCUUUCUCGAGUAUUCCGCAAAAAGCUGGGCCCCACACUUCCGGGCAUCUGACAUUGAAGGAAAUGAAGUCAUGGAGUCACUGCAAAGAAUCUGCGAUGCAAAGUCAAACCGCUGCCUGACUUGGUUCAAGAUUUAUUGGGCGGACAUGCAAACCGAGUUUCCUUCCGACUUCACCACCAUCAUGGUCGCCUCUUACUUCGGGAUAGAUCUAAUGGUACAGCUUCAACUAGGCCUACCUGAUGUGGAAAUAGAUUCUGUCGACAGCACUUACCAACGUUCAGCGCUCUCGUGGGCGGCGGAGAACGGAUUUGAUGGUGUUGUUAAGCUAUUAGUCGAGGGUCCCGAGAUUCAUUUUAUAACCAGGCUUAUUACAAAAUUUACCAACCUAUCGUUUUCAAACGGCGCAAAUGUUAAUGCAAAAGACAAAGGCGGAAGAACGCCGUUAUUUUACUCCGCCUGGAAUGGCCAUCUGGCUAUCGUCCAGCGACUAGUCAAGGCGGGAGCCAGCGCGGACUCGAAGGAUGACAUUGGAGGAACGCCGAUAUCUUACGCUCUCUGCACUGGACAACAGGCUAUAGUUGACGAACUAAUGAAAGGAGCCCAGACAGAUUCGGUAGAUGCGAUUCGCCGUGAACUUCUUUUAUCCGCUGCCAGGAGAGGCCACGAGCCCAUCGUCAAACUCCUGCUCGAGAAUGGUGCAGAUACGGAAGUGAAGGACACCACCGGAAAGACGCUUCUUAUUAUAGCUGCAGAGGGGGGUCACAAGCAUGUUGUUCGACUGUUGCUAGAAAAGGGAGCUGAUAUAUAUGCAAGCAACUCACAUGGGAAAACGCCCCUUAUUAUAGCUGCAGAGGGGGGUCACGAGCAUGUUGUUCGACUGUUGCUAGAAAAGGGAGCUGAUAUAUAUGCAAGCAACUCGCAUGGAAAGACGCCCCUUAUUAUAGCUGCAGAGGAGGGUCACGAGCAUAUUGUUCGACUGCUGCUCGAAAAGGGAGCCGAUGCAAAUGAAAGCAACUCACAUGGAAAGACGCCCCUUAUUAUAGCUGCAGAGGAGGGUCACGAGCAUGUUGUUCGACUGCUGCUCGAAAAGGGAGCCAAUGCAAAUGAAAGCGGCCGGCAUAGAAACAAAGUCCUCCUUAUAGCUGUGGAGCGGGGUCACGAGCACAUUGUUCGACUGCUGCUCGAAAAGGGAGCUGAUAUAUAUGCAAGCAACUCGCAUGGAAAGACGCCCCUUAUUAUAGCUGCAGAGGAGGGUCACGAGCAUGUUGUUCGACUGCUGCUCGAAAAGGGAGCCAAUGCAAAUGAAAGCGGCCGGCAUAAAAACAAAGUCCUCCCUAUAGCUGUGGAGCGGGGUCACGAGCACAUUGUUCGACUGCUGCUCGAAAAGGAAACCGAUGCAAAUGAAAGCGGCUGGCAUAGCAACAAGGUCCUCCCUAUAGCUGUGGAGCAGGGUCACGAGCACAUUGUUCGACUGCUGCUCGAAAAGGGAGCCGAUGCAAAUGCAAGCGGCUGGGAUGAAAAAACGCCGUUGAUUUACGCAAUAGAGUUGAACAGGGCGGAUGUCACGGAGACGCUUCUCAAAAGCGGAGCAAAAGUGAAUUUUACAUUCAAGGAUUCAAACUGGUCGAUGGCGUUAAAUAAAACGUAUCCUACACCAAUAGCCUUGGCGAUUGAGAAGAAAGACGAACGAAUGGUAGAACUACUCCUCAAACAUGGUGCUCUGCCCAACUUCAAAGGUGGUCGCGAUUCGACACCACUGGAGGACGCCAUGAAAUAUGGGAAUGGGAAGAUUGUCAAGAUGGUGGAAUCUGCCAUACAAUCCAGUAAGACCGGAAUAUCCACCACGGCUUAG